GAGUGGACGGUUGUACUGAGCGGGCGUCGGCAUGCGUCGACGGCGUGUUCUUCUUGCGACUCUGGUCAGGAUUGUGAUGGACGAUGAGUAUUGUUGUAGAAGGAAUGGUAUGGCGUCCGAUCCUGACGGUGACGCUACUGUUGCUGCUAUCGUCCACCAGCGGCAGUCGCGCAACGCCAGAGGAAAACGCAGUCUGCCUGAGGUUGAUGGCCAGGCUCGAAUCCGUAAGGUGGUGGUGUCGCCAGCCCCGGCUGCCAGGGAACAUUGUGAAUAGCGUGCGAGCCUGUAUACAGCGAAACGAAUUCGUGAGGGAACUGCCCAGCGAUAAUACCACGCAUGACGAACUCAUAAUAGGAUUUUCAUCGAAGCAUCUCCCAGGCGCCCUUAUCUCCAGUAUCUGGACAACGUGCCACGCAGAGGACGGAGGCUGGUCCAAGGAUCCCAAGGCGUACUUCGGAACUGUAACGCUCGAGGGCGAAGCCAGCGGCCAACAGGAAUAUCGUCUGUGGUACGCCGCUGACAGACACCACCAGUGCUGGGAGAGAACGUACAAGAAGUUCAUCCCCGAGAUAAAGACAGGACAAUUCACGGAACCAUACCUGUACGAGUGCGGCCGAUGCACGUUCCACGACAAUGAUAGUGGCAGUGGAGAAGAUAAAGAGAGCGAUAAAUAUUCCUACAUCAGGGGAUUCAACUCCACGGUGUACCACAGGCGCAAGUGCGGGACUGCCAAAGGCCCGUACGUGCCAGCACUGUAUCGCGUUAGGCGCGAAGUAAUCUCUUGUUUCGAGUGCCUGCUGUGGAGCGAGAUCAGAGCCUUGCAGCCAGUAUUCCUGGGAUACUGUUGGGCGGAGGUGAAUAGAGGGUAUAUAGACACUAAGUAUCCAAGGACCUUAGCAGGUGGAGUCGUGACCAGAGGCAACAGGACGCUCUUGUGUAUGAGAGACGGCAGUGUUCUCUACUGGAACGACUUGGAGAAUCACGUCCUGUUUGCCUAUCAGCAGCCUGGUGUCACUGUGAAUAACAGCCACCUUUCCUUUAGCACAACACCUUCGCCGCGCACGAGAGUGCAAAAUUCGUCGCGAGUCACUGAGGCCUCCGUAAGCGUGCAGGAAGCUCUGGCGACAUUGGAUCCGAGUAACUUCCAACCUCCGAUUGUCAGAACUGGUAGCACAACGCCUACACCUCAGACAUUAGUGUCCUGUUUGGACACAAUACUGGUCGAAUCGAGCACACUCUCUCAGUCGCAGGUAAGUCAGUCACUGAAAGGAUUUGAGAUGUACGCGGCUACGAUACCUCUAACCGGCACGGCGAGGACCAACAGGCUCCUGACGACGAAGGGCAACCGCGCAACCCUUCUGGUCGCUGAAAAGGUCCAGGGAGCGGUGGUGUCAGCAGAUGGCUCUGAGGUGGUGGCGCUCGACGCUCAAAAGGACGGGAGCUCUGCUACCUCGCUGACCUCUCGCAGUGAUGUGUCUGCUGCAGUGCUGUCGGCGGCGGCGGCGAAGGCUGCGCGGCUGGCCCUCACGUACUUUCGCCGGGCGGGCGUCGGCGUAGCCUUCCAGCAACUCGGCUACGUCCUCAACAGUGACGUCAUCAGUGUUCAGAUUAUCAAUUCCACCACUGACGACGAACGACACGUGGACAUUGUGCUGAGGCCGACGCACGGCGGCGUCAGGCGACGGUGCGGGCUUUGGGACUUGGAGAGGAACGUUUGGGACUUCAGCCUGUGCAGUCUGGAGUUCCGAGGCGAGGUGAGCGACGUGUGCCGCUGCCAGCACCUGACGCACUUCGCGCAGCUGGUGACGGACGCCGACCUGCAGUGGGGCGGCCACGCCGGGGCGCUGGAGGCGCUCUCCCUCGCCGGCGUCUGCGCCUCCCUGCUGGGCGCCGCGGGGCUCGGCGCCACCGCCGCGCUCGCCCCCGAGUGGCGCAGCAAACCGGGCUUUGAGGUGACUCUCGUGGUGUCGGGGCUUGACGGCGGCCGCGCGCGGCGUGUUGCCAGGUCCCGCGUGCUGCUGCAGCUGGGCGGCGCGGUGGCGGCGCGCGACCUGCUGUUCGCGCUGGCGACGCUGGGCGGCCAGGGCUGGUGGCAGCCGCGCGCCUCCGCCGGCUGCGUCGCGCUGGGGGUGGCGCUGCACUACGCGCUGCUCGCCGCCGCCGCCUGGACCACGGCCGCCGCCGUGCUGCAGCUGCUGCGCCUCAGCACUGUCGCCGGCGCGCAGGCACGAGUCCCGCACGUCGUGCUGGUGUGUUCGGCGUGUUCGUGGUUGUCGCCGCUGUUGCCGGUGGGGGUGCUGUUGGCUGCCUCGGGACCCUCGGCGGGCUACCCGCUACGUCAGGACAGCGCUUCAGACUUCCUGUGCUACCCGCAAGGAGCCGCCUUCUACGCCUCUGUCCUGCUGCCAACCGCUGCCUGCGUCGUAGUCAACGCCGCCAUCUUCCUCUACCUGCUGUUCACAGUGCUCUUCCCGGCCUGCAGCUGUGGAAGCGGCGUUGUAGUUACCAGACACGGGCCCUCGCAGCUGCGGCGGCGCGCCCUCACCGCGGUGAUGCUGUUCUUCCUGCUGGGCCUGCCAUGGCUGCUGGGGCCGCCGGCCAGGGUGCCUGCGCUCGCCUACCUCUUCUGUGUCGUCGCCACGCCGCAGGGGCUGGUGCUGUUCGUGUUCUUCGUGCUGUGCAACAGCAAGCUGCGCAAGCGCCUGAGCAGCGCGGUGCUGACUUCGUUGCCGACGUCCAGCAGCUCUCGGGCGUCUAGCACGCGCAAGCAGAAGAAGCAGUCGCCGGGAACCGCGGACACGUCGCCGCCCACGUCGUCUUCCGCGGUGCCGACGUCUGGAGACGGCAGCGUCCGCAGCCGGCAGCGGCAAACCGAGCGCCCGCUGCAGAAGGGGCCGCCCGUGCUGCUGACGCGCUACGCUCUCGUGGGCGAGGACGGCGAGGUGCGGUACACGUUCGACCUGGGCUCCUGGUCCCCGGACGACGGAAACCCUACUGACGCUGCCUACAUGCCGACCUCUCCGGAGCGGCGCUCUGUCACCAAGUACGUCUUCCCAGAGCCGGAACCAGAACGGGACGACGACCAGUAACAGCAACUGGUCCUGCACUACCCUGCUUCUAUCUCACCGGAAAGGUUGUAAUCGCACAGGCGCAGAGAAGCAACUCCAGUGGACACACACAUUUCGUGCUGAUUGGCGAGUUGUGGACUGGUGGGAUACGGAAUGAUAAUUUUGCUGUCUUUCGCUACUUUUGUUUCAUUGUCUGUGCUGAAGAGUUACAGCGUUGUGAACUGCCACAUGGAGUGGCGAGUAGGACUCUGGACACUGCACAUUACUGGAACAAGUGUUGCUCGCAGGGGUUUUUGAGAAUGACGGAGUUAAGCUGGGUUCAGACGCAUAGCUUGUGGCAAAUUGUAGCGGCACAAAGGGUGCAACACGUUCUAGGUGUAGUUAGCUGACAAUAGUCUGAAUGAGUUCUCAGGGGGUCGUGGACAGCGGAGGAAGCCAGGCCCUCGCAGCGGCUCUUGGCACAGGGGCAACCGAGGAGUGAUGGGGGAACAAGUCAAGCACGAGGACCACGAGAAAGACAGACCGUGGAGCGUCCGUCACAGCACGUGACACCGGAUGUCUUACGAAUGCCACCAGCCGUCUCCGGCAGGGGGCGAGUAACUAUUUCAGACGAGUUUAACAAUACUUGAUUCUGUGUUUAAAUGUAAUCACGUUCUCGACAGCACACGACAAGAUUAAGAUCUUUAGUUGGUACGCGUUCAAAUAAAUUUUGAUUUCCCGUGGGCCCAGCACGGAGCUAAGCGUUCGCGAAGUGUAGGGGACAAGCUGCCUAGUGUGACGUCACAAGUUCGUUGGCAUCACUGCUGAUACAACAUACGUGCCUACUGAGUUGGCAUGGCACAGCUCGACAGUCUCUUCGUAAUGGCUGUGGCGCACGUGGGUACCGUAUUCUUAGCUCGUAAAUGUUGACAUCUGCUGGACACAAAACAUUACCUCUCUCUUAAUUUAUAAACUUCGCAGAAGCUUGUAAACUUUCCCUCUUUCUAAUCGGCUAAACAAAUGCCAUGAUAGUGUAAGCCUCGUCGUAUCACGAAUAAUAACCGAUUAGUGAAGAAAGUGUACAGCAAGUUACUUCUACAAAUACUUACUCUUCAUCUUAGGUAAAUUUAGAAUGAUAGUUAUAAAAUACUGCAAAUCACAUAUCUAAGAUAAAUGAAACGUAGCGCGAAAUUUUGAAUAGCCUACAACAGCUCAGUGAAAACAUUUCCAGAUUCCUACGCCAAUCUAACUGAAUUAAUUAUGCUGACUAAUCUCUUAGCUAUCAGAAGAGUAAUCGCUAUGUCACUUACUUGAACAACGGUAAGCUGACGAAUCAGUUUGCAGACGAAACCAACAGAUGUACGUCACUCAAUUCGAUAGAAAAAUAUUAUCGUUUUAAAUUACUAAAGAAAAUCAAAUGCAGUAGUGUUAAAAAUGCAAAUAAUCGUUACAGAAAUGGCUAAAUAGUGAGCUCUCUCUAUUACAGUCAAAAUUGCGUGACCUUCAAUAAAGGUUUACCUGUAGUGGGAAAACACAUCUCCACAAAUAGAGAUUAUAGAAUUUCAAUUUUUAACUUAUUUACAAUUUCUCCACCGAACAAUAACUGUCAAACUUCAACGCAGUUCAAACGCCGAAAUACGAAACCCCAAGCAAGAAACAGAAAACACUUUUACAAAAUCAACCUAAAAUGAAAAUUCCAGAAAAAUAAAAUUCUAGCUUGGCUCUAUUAUUCCCUUUAAAUAAUCUUAGUGUUAUUUUAAUAAUACUUCCAUUCAAAUAA